AUUUAAUUAAUUUGUGGCGUUCCAAAUGUCAGAUUCACCCUCUGGUCCGCGUGUCAAGCGUCAGCGAAUUGACAAAACGGGCCGCUUCGCAGCCUUGGAGCGCCUCCGAAGCCUGAAGGGCACCAAAAACAAAUGCCAGGUGGAAGAAAAAGUGGACGAUGUAUAUGAAGUUGUGGACGAGCGCGAAUAUGCGAAGCGGGCAAAUGAAAAAUACGGCGGUGAUUGGAUUGAAGAUGACGGCACUGGCUACGCGGAGGAUGGUCGCGAUUUCUUCGAGGAUGAAGAUGACUAUUCUGACAAUGAGCAGGGUCAGAGCGAUGGCAAGAAAAAGAAAGCUGGCAACGGAAAGAAACGAUCACGCGACAGCGACACAGGCCCUGCCAAGGGCAAGGCAUCUAUACGCAAUCUGUUCAGUAAUGCGCUGCCAAAGAAGACAGACAUCAAAAACAGUGUCAAAGAUGAUGAUAUCCUGGCCGACAUACUGGGCGAAAUCAAAGAAGAGCCAGCUGGCGACGCGGGGUCAACGCCGCAACAGCAUAAAGUGAUUGCGCCUGCCAAAAUUAUGGCCGCCACGCGCAAGUCCGAUGCAGCCGCUGCCAAGGAGUACAUGAAUAGCUUUCUGAGCAACAUCAAAAAGCAGGAGCAACAGCGCAAAAAAGACGCCGGCAGCGAUGAUGAAAUGCUGGACCGGAUCCUGCAGCCAAAGUCAGCUAUGCUGCCCAACAAGAAGGCAAGUCCAGUUACUCCAGCUGCAGUCAAAGUGAAGCAGGAGCGAGUCACUGAAACAGCUGCUGAGCAGCCCAGAAAGAAGGCAAGAGAAGCUACGCCUGAGCUCUGCCCUGACAAUGACUUGGAUUUCAGUUGCCUGGACGACGAUGAGAACCAGUUUGAGCUGGCAGCGUCCAAAGCGCAGCCAGAGCUUCUGCCCGCUUCAGCUGGACCUCCAAAACAAGAGGCCGAGGAUAUGAGCAAGCUGCUCAGCAACUGGGAGUCCAUCUGCCAAAUGGACGAUGAAUUUGAGAGAUCAGCGCUGGCUAGCGAGGCCGAGACAGCGGUGGGCAGUGAUCCUGGGGAUGUCGACCAGCUGCGCUUCUGGUACUGGGAGGCCUGGGAGGAUGCAAUCAAGCUGCCCGGCGAAGUGUUUCUCUUUGGGCGCACACCCGAUGGCAAGUCCAUAUGCGUGCGCGUGCAGAACAUUAAUCGUGUGCUCUAUCUCCUGCCCAGACAAUAUCUACUAGAUCCCAUAACCAAGGAGCCCACCAAGCAGAAGGUUACCGCUGCGGACAUGUACAAAGAGUUUGACACGCACAUUGCCACCGAACUGAAGCUGCACACAUUUCGUUCGCGCAAGGUGAGCAAAAGCUUUGCCAAUCACGCCAUUGGCAUUGAAGUGCCGCAGACCUGUGACUACCUGGAGGUGCACUACGAUGGCAAGAAGCCGGCGCCGAACAUGCAAAACAAGAAAUAUGACUCCAUAGCGCACAUAUUUGGCGCCAGCACCAAUGCACUGGAACGUUUUCUGCUGGAGCGCAAGAUCAAGGGUCCUUGUUGGCUGCAGAUAAGCGGCUUCAAUGUCAAUCCGGCGCCCCUUAGCUGGUGCAAAACGGAUGUGACCGUCGGCGAGCCUAAGAACGUGGAGCUUGUGCUCGUGGAACAGGGCAAACCAGCACCGCCGCCUGCCCUAGUCCUGCUCACACUCAACGUGCGCACUUCCAUGAAUCCAAAGACACUGAAAAACGAGAUCUGUAUGAUAUCCAUGCUCACCCACAAUCGCUUUCACAUUGACAGGCCGGCGCCGCAGCCCGCAUUCAAUCGUCACAUGUGCGCGCUCACGCGGCCUGCCGUCUCCAGCUGGCCCUUUGACCUGAAUCUGCAGUUGAGCAAGUACAAGUCGACAAAGAUUUAUAAACAUGACUCGGAGCGUGCGCUGCUCAGCUGGUUUCUGGCACAGUAUCAGCAAAUCGAUGCGGAUCUCAUAGUCACCUUUGAUGCCAUGGACUGCCAGCUGAAUGUGAUUACGGAUCAGAUAGUCGCCCUCAAGAUACCGCAGUGGUCACGCAUGGGUCGGUUGCGUUUCUCGCAAACCUUUGGCAAAAAGCUGCUGGAUCAUUUUGUGGGUCGCAUGGUAUGCGAUGUGAAGAGGUCGGCGGAGGAGUGCAUCAGAGCCAGAUCCUACGAUCUGCAGACGCUGUGUCAGCAGGUGCUCAAGGUCCAGGAAUCGGAGCGCAUGGAGGUCAAUGCGGAUGAUCUGCUCGAAAUGUAUGAGAAGGGCGAGAACGUCACCAAGCUCAUCUCGCUGACCAUGCAGGACGCCUCCUACAUGCUGCGUCUCAUGUGCGAGCUGAACAUUAUGCCGCUGGCGCUGCAGAUAACCAACAUUUGCGGCAACACAAUGACCCGCACACUCCAGGGCGGUCGCUCCGAGCGCAAUGAGUACCUGCUGCUGCACGCCUUCCAUGAGAAGAACUACAUAGUGCCUGACAAGCUGCCAGCGCGUCGUGUCGCUGCUGCUGCCGACCCCAAUGCCACGAGCCAGGACACAACGGUGGCAGCGGUGCGUAAAAAGGCCGCAUAUGCGGGCGGCUUGGUUUUGGAGCCCAUACGUGGCCUCUACGAGAAGUAUGUGCUGCUCAUGGAUUUCAAUUCGCUAUAUCCGAGCAUUAUACAGGAGUAUAAUAUAUGCUUCACCACGGUGCAGCAACCCUAUGAUGCGGAACAGCUGCCUACGCUGCCGGAUUCCAGUGCGGAGCCGGGCAUUUUGCCGCUGCAGCUGCGUCGUUUGGUGGAAUCGCGUCGCGAGGUAAAGAAGCUGAUGGCUGCACCGGAUCUGGCGGCGGAACUGCAUAUGCAGUACCACAUCCGACAAAUGGCGCUCAAGCUGACCGCGAACUCCAUGUACGGCUGUCUGGGAUUUGCGCAUUCGCGUUUCUUUGCGCAGCAUCUCGCGGCGCUAGUGACGCACAAGGGACGCGAGAUUCUGGUUAACACACAGCAGCUCGUGCAGAAGCUCAACUACGAUGUGGUCUAUGGCGACACGGAUUCGCUAAUGAUAAAUACAAAUAUAACCGACUAUGAUCAGGUUUAUAAGAUUGGGCACACCAUCAAGCAGAGCGUGAAUAAGCUGUACAAACAACUGGAGCUGGAUAUUGAUGGCGUCUUUGCCUGUUUGCUGCUGCUCAAGAAGAAGAAAUAUGCCGCCGUUAAGCUGAGCAAGAAUGCCAAGGGCGUCCUGCUGCGCGAACAGGAGCACAAGGGUCUGGACAUUGUGCGUCGCGAUUGGUCACAGCUGGCCGUCAUGGUGGGCAAGGCGGUGCUCGAUGAAGUCCUGACCGACAAGCCGCUAGAGGAUAAACUUGAGGCCGUGCACGCCCAGCUCGGGCGCAUCAAGGAGCAAAUAACACAGUCGGCUGUGCCGCUGCCGCUGUAUGUCAUCACCAAGCAGCUGACACGUGCGCCCCAAGAGUAUGCCAACAGCUCAUCGCUGCCGCAUGUUCAGGUGGCGCUGCGCAUGAAUCGCGAACGCAAUCGACGCUAUAAAAAGGGCGACAUGGUGGACUAUGUGAUCUGUUUGAAUGGCACCACAAAUGCGGCUAUGCAGCGUGCCUAUCACCUGGAGGAGCUGAAGGGCAGCGAAUCCCUGAAGCUGGACACCAAUUACUAUCUAAGCCAUCAGAUACAUCCGGUGGUCACGCGCAUGGUGGAGGUGCUCGAGGGCACCGAUGCCAGUCGCAUUGCCGAGUGCCUGGGCAUGGAUGCCAGCAAAUACAGACAAAAUGCACAGCGCAUACAGCGGGAGCGCACAGAGGAAGCCGAGGGUGAAUCGCUGCAGAAAACCACGUUGCAACUUUAUCGGCUCUGCGAGCCAUUCCGCUUCAAGUGCGUGGCUUGCAAAACGGAGCAGCUAAUGGCCAGCGCCUAUCGACCGGGCCCGAACAGCAGCCAUGUGCCCGUGUUGCAGCAGUGCGUCAAUUCGGAAUGCCAGACAUCGCCGCUGCAGUAUCUGGUCAGCAUACGCAAUCAGCUGCAGCUGUGCAUGCGCGGCUAUGUGCAGCGCUUCUAUCGCAAUUGGCUAGUGUGCGAUCAUCCUGAUUGCAACUACAAUACCCGCAGCUAUUCCGUACGCCUCGAGAUGCGUCGCCCGCUCUGCCUCAAGUGCAACAGCGGCGCUAUGCUGCGUCAAUACUCCGAGCGCGAUCUCUACAAUCAGCUGUGCUAUCUGCGCUUCAUGUUUGAUCUGAACAAACAGCAGCUACAACAGAAACCUACGCUAACGCCCGAGCUGGAGCAGGCCUAUCAGCUGCUCCAUGACACCGUGGAGCAGCAAUUCAAAUGCUCCAGCUAUGUUGUCAUCUCGCUGGGCAACAUAUUUGCGUGCAGCCUGGCGCUGUCGUCGCUGCAGCCGCCCAAGAAGGCGCAGCAUGAUGAUUAUGCGAUAGCCAGCAGUCUGGCCGAUGUUUAGUUAUUGCACAAUCGGAGCACCUUUAAUAGAUCUACACACGCACACACACACACACACACACACAUAGAUAG